AUGGAGAUCCGACGUGCUUUGCCUCAGGAUUUCUGGGAGCUGCUGCACUGCCUGAAGAUGAGAAGCAAGUAUGCCGUCCUGCUGGUCUUUGUCGUCGGCCUCGUCAUCAUCGAGAAGGAGAACAACUUCAUCUCCAGGGUGUCGGACAAGCUGAAGCAGUCCCCACAGGCGCUGGCGGAGGCAAACGGCACAGAGGCCAGCCCAGCACUGGCCGAGAAUGGCUCGCUGGCCUCGCUGCGAGAGCUGGACGCUGCCUUCUCCCAGCUGAGGUCCCACCUGCGCAACGUCACCCUGCAGCUGGCAGGCGAUGGCGACCCUGGGCCGCGGCGGCAUGUCCUGCUGAUGGCCACCACCCGCACUGGCUCCUCCUUUGUGGGGGAGUUCUUCAACCAGCAAGGCAGCAUCUUCUACCUCUUUGAGCCCCUCUGGCACAUCGAGAGGAUGGUGACCUUCGAGCCGGGGGGAGCCAACGCGGUGGGCUCGGCCCUGGUCUAUCGGGACGUCCUCAAGCAGCUCCUCCUCUGUGACCUCUACAUCUUGGAGAGCUUCAUCUCGCCGGCACCUGAGGGCCACCUGACGCCCUUCAUGUUUCGGCGAGGCUCGAGCCGCUCACUCUGUGAGGAGCCCGUCUGCACACCCAGCACCAAGAAGGUCUUCGAGAAGUACCACUGCAAGAACCGCCGCUGCGGCCCCCUCAACAUCACCCUGGCCGCUGAGGCAUGCCGGCGCAAGCAGCACGUGGCCCUGAAGACGGUGCGCAUCCGGCAGCUGGAGUUCCUGCAGCCGCUGGUGGAGGACCCCCGGCUGGACGUGCGCAUCAUCCAGCUGGUGCGGGACCCCCGGGCUGUCCUGGCCUCCCGCAUGGUGGCCUUCUCCGGCAAGUACGAGACCUGGAAGAAGUGGGCGUCUGAAGGGGAGGCUCCCCUCCACGAGGAGGAGGUGCAGCGGCUGCGGGGGAACUGCGAGAGCAUCCGUCUGUCGGCCGAGCUGGGGCUGCGGCGACCAGGGUGGCUGCGGGGUCGCUGCAUGCUGGUACGCUACGAG